AUGUAUUUGUCUGACAUCCGGGUAUUUUUCUGGAUGAUCCGUUACCCCGGUGUCCCCUUCCCCCGCCCCCAGUACACGGGGGGCGGGGGGGAGCUGGAGACACUGGGAGGGACACUGGAGACAGGCGCAUUUGUCCCAUCCAACAAAUUCACCGUAGUUGCGAAAAAUAGGGAAAGAGAUAUGAUCUCCAGGAUCCUGCUGCUCCUCAUCCUCAGCUCAUGUCUCUGUGCAGCAACAUUUGUAGUGAAUGUGACCCAGAGCAGCUAUGAGGCAGAGGAGAACCACAGCAUCACUCUGGAGUGGACCUUCACCACCAGGACUCAGGGAUCCUACAGGGAACUGUUCAUCUACUGCAGCUUGUUGGCUCCUUAUAGCCCUCUAGUUCUCUAUCAGGUCCAUGAUGGUGUUGAGUUUCCAGAGUCUCAGGAUGAUCAGUUUUCAGGACGAGUCCAGAGUGACAAAGACGUCCUCAGAGAAGGACGAAUCAGACUCCAUGUGUCCAGACUGAGGACUGAAGACUCUGGUAGGUAUCGGUGUGGAGUGAAAACUGAAGAUGGAGUCGGCUCUGCAAGAUGUCGACUCAACGUCUUAGAUCAAGUGAAGCUGGUUGGUCAUGAACCGAUACAUGCAAAGGUUGGAGACGAUGUUAUUCUGCCGUGUCGUCUGAUGCCUCCAUAUGACGUGAACCAUCUUAUAAUCGAGUGGAGAUUCAAGGAUCGUAUAAUACAUGUGCAUCGUGGGGGAAGUAAAGAUGAUGAAACUUCAGACCCAGAGUACAAAGGCCGAACAUCUCUGUUCCAUGAUGAGUUUGAAAAAGGCGACAUUUCCCUCAAAUUGACCAACGUAACCAAGGAGGAUGAAGGGAAUUAUAUUUGCUUUGUUCCCAAACUGGCAAGACAAGUCAAGAAGGGAUAUGUUACUCUAAGAGUUGAUGGAAAUGGACCCUAGGGAAACAGAACUGGUCCUGAAGAUCACACAGGAAACCAACAAGAGUAUGAUGGAGUUUUAUUGGACCCAGGACAAAACCAACCAAACCAAAAUGGAUGAAUCAUUCCCCCUAAGCUGAAGUCUAUUCAGCCUCUGCAUGUGUUGUUAUGAAAACUGAUGCAUGUAUAGAGCUAUGGACCAUGAUUAGAAAA